AUGAGUAGUAAGACAGAGCAUAAGCGCCGUAAACUUUACAAGUCACGGAUCAUACGAACUGAGUUGCAGGAUCCUUCUUUUAAAGAUGAACGACUGAAUGUUGAGGAGUUCCUGAAAAGUAGGGAAUUCGAAGUGAAUCAGCUUCAAAUGGCACAAUUAAAGUCAAAAAAGAACUCUUCCACAAGAUGCUUCCAAAGUCUACCUAGAAGUAUGCGUCGUCGAACUGCCUCCCAUAAUAUUAAACGGGUUCCCAGAAGACUGCGUCCCAGAAUGAUUAGAGAGAUGACAUCAAAUAAUGGGUCAAUUCUCUCCAAAAAACCCAAACACAGUCGGGGAAGGGAACUCUAUAAGCUAAAAAGGCUUCAUCGUCUACUCAAACUGGCUACUGUAGCAAAGAGUAAGGGAAAACCACUGGAUCUGCCUACUGGAAUUGACUUGAAGGAAAAAUUAAGGAUAGUGAGAUCCCAUAUCGCUGAGCUCCAAAAUGCCAAAGAUGCUGAGGUGCAAACUUAUGACAACAUGCAUUUAAAGUUUAUCAAACUUCACCAGCAAUCCUUAAACAACAAACUAGGAUCAAUGGAUAACACGGCAGUUAACGAACUUGCCGUGUUCAAACCACAUGCUCUGAAAUACUCAAAUAGACAAAAGAAAUUCAAAUGGCUACCAACUCAUGUAUGGCAUGCUAAACGAGCCCAUAUGGUCAAGAGGUGGGGAUUUAACAUUGCUCUUCAACCAAGCCAGAAAUGCUAUAGAGCUACACAUAGAAACUACCUGCAUUCACACUGCAUUGCUUGGGAUACUUCCUACAUCGGCACCAUCAUUUUGCAUCACUCCACGUCCCUAACACCUUUGAUUCACUUAGUAGGUCAAUUGACAAAAAAUGAAGCUGUUAAACCCAAGUUUCUCAAAAAUCAUAAAAUCUGGGAAGGAAUCAUAUAUCAUGAAAAUAACAGCAUUGGCCAGUCACAGAUUAUCUGGCAGGAUUUGCCUAAUGUCAAACAAUGUAUACUGAGAGUCCAUCCUUCCCUUUACGAGUCAUUUUUCAAACUGCUUCUCAAGCUAUCCCCAAAAGAUGUCACAGUUUUUGAUUGUAGAUACAGUUUGGCCUCAUUUCAAGUUACUGGUCCUGCCGCUUUGACAGCAUUGGGCGCAGUUAUGAAAACGGCUGAUAAUAAUGAAAAUUGGAAACAACUUUGUUCUUUUAGGGAUAACUCAAUGGUCCCCACAGGUUCAUCCAUUUCGUUCUAUAUCAAUGACCCCAGAUAUCUCAAUAAACCACACAAAUACCAUCAUAAUAUUAGAGAGGAUGAGUUGGACCUAAUCAUUGCUAUCAAAGAAGGAAAAGUAUUUGACUCUGGGAGCUUUGAAGAUUUAUUUACCUAUCAAGGAAGAAUCAAGUCUUACAAGAAUCAACCCUCGCUCAAGGACCUGGAUCUCAGGCGCAACAUCAUUGUGAACAACGAUAAUGUGGACAACUUAGGGAAGACCCUUCCAAGAAACCCCGACGAUCCACUGGUACCUAUUCAUUUGAGCAAGUUAGAGAAUGGAUACUACCAAGUGAUUGUCCCCUGGUAUUGGAAUUUGCCUGUUUGGUAUAAACUCAUGAGGUUCCCAGAAGUCAGAUACGGAGGCCUUCGUCAGAUGCACCAGUUGAACCUAGAGACUAACCGACCCACCUACCCCUUUGAUUAUCCUUUCUGGUACCACGGAUUUUUGUCGUCUUUUAUUCAAGGACAAGAGUUUCAGAAGAAAUGGGAACUUCGACCAAAGGGGAAGCGGUUGAACUAUAGUAAGCUGAAAAUUCAUAAUUUACCUGGAGAGUUACUUGGGGAACUAGGCGAUCCAUUUGUGAGUGACUGGAGGUACUUACAAGUUCUUCAAUAUGCAUUAAAAGUGCAUAAGGAAUGUGUUCACCUGGAUCCUUCAUCGUUUGAUGUUUCGAAUUGGACCACUCUUGGCCAUAGGUGUCUCAAACAGCUACAGGAUGUAUAUGAAUGCGUUAGAGACGUCCAAAGGCAAGAUUCGGAGUUUGAGAAUGCAGAUGAAGAGAAGAUACUUCCAAUUCCCGUUAAGUAUAAAGGAGAAUAUCAGUUUGACCCCACAAAGAUCGAUAAAGUCAGCGUUGUUAUCCGUGAUGAAAUCCCUAAACUACCAGUAACGCUGAUUUCAGUGGAAAUUGAAGGUACUGGUCACAUUGCGACCAAUGCCAGACUAUAUCAGGUACCCAGCCAUGACUGGCAGAGUUGGUUGGAGAAUAACGACCAAAAACCCGUACGAGCUAAGUAUUUGGUCGGCUUCAUCACUACGGGAACCAUAAACUUGGCAACCGGUAAACACACCGGGAUUGGCUGCAUGAGUCACGAAGUGAACCAAUUACUCAAUAAGGAGAAACACCACCAUCUCUUGCUAAGAAACGUUGGGGAAGUUACCUUCAGACUGGUCAAAUUUCAGGACAUCCCUCUAUAA